AUGGAGCCAGGCUGCUGUGUAUGGAGCCCGGCUGCUGUGUAUGGAGCCAGGCUGCUGUGUAUGGAGCCAGGCUGCUGUAUAUGGAGCCAGGCUGCUGUAUAUGGAGCCAGGCUGCUGUGUAUGAGCCAGGCUGCUGUGUAUGGAGCCCGGCUGCUGUGUAUGGAGCCAGGCUGCUGUGUAUGGAGCCAGGCUGCUGUGUAUGGAGCCAGGCUGCUGUGUAUGGAACCAGGCUGCUGUGUAUGGAGCCAGGUUGCUGUGUAUGGAGCCAGGCUGCUGUGUAUGGAGCCAGGCUGCUGUGUAUGGAACCAGGCUGCUGUGUAUGGAGCCAGGCUGCUCUGUGUAUGGAGCCAGGCUGCUGUGUAUCGAACCAUGCUGCUGUGUAUGGAGCCAGGCUGCUGUGUAUGGAGCCAGGCUGCUGUGUAUGGAACCAGGCUGCUGUGUAUGGAACCAUGCUGCUGUGUAUGGAGCCAGGCUGCUGUGUAUGGAACCAUGCUGCUGUGUAUGGAACCAGGCUGCUGUGUAUGGAGCCAGGCUGCUGUGUAUGGAGCCAGGCUGCUGUGUAUCGAACCAUGCUGCUGUGUAUGGAGCCAGGCUGCUGUGUAUGGAGCCAGGCUGUUGUGUAUGGAGCCAGGCUGCUGUGUAUGGAACCAUGCUGCUGUGUAUGGAGCCAGGCUGCUGUGUAUGGAACCAUGCUGCUGUGUAUGGAACCAGGCUGCUGUGUAUGGAGCCAGGCUGCUGUGUAUGGAGCCAGGCUGCUGUGUAUCGAACCAUGCUGCUGUGUAUGGAGCCAGGCUGCUGUGUAUGGAGCCAGGCUGCUGUGUAUGGAGCCAGGCUGCUGUGUAUGGAGCCAGGCUGCUGUGUAUGGAACCAUGCUGCUGUGUAUGGAGCCAGGCUGCUGUGUAUGGAACCAUGCUGCUGUGUAUGGAACCAGGCUGCUGUGUAUGGAGCCAGGCUGCUGUGUAUGGAGCCAGGCUGCUGUGUAUGGAGCCAGGCUGCUGUGUAUGGAGCCAGGCUGCUGUGUAUGGAGCCAGGCUGCUGUGUAUGGAACCAUGCUGCUGUGUAUGGAGCCAGGCUGCUGUGUAUGGAGCCAGGCUGCUGUGUAUGGAGCCAGGCUGCUGUGUAUGGAACCAGGCUGCUGUGUAUGGAGCCAGGCUGCUGUGUAUGGAGCCAGGCUGCUGUGUAUGGAGCCAGGCUGCUGUGUAUGGAGCCAGGCUGCUGUGUAUGGAGCCAGGCUGCUGUGUAUGGAGCCAGGCUGCUGUGUAUGGAGCCAGGCUGCUGUGUACGGAGCCAGGCUGCUGUGUUAGCGGAGCGGUAACUCGUUCCAGUGUGAUUCUACUUCACUUGUUAGCCAUUGCUGCUGCUGCAUUGCAGGAGAAACAAGCAGACUCUGAGCAACAAGCAGACAUGUUCCACUAA